UAAUGUUUUCGCGCCGACCUCACUCUGUCUCUUAACCUAACGUCUCCUGCCCUGCCCUGCCCGGCCCUUGUCCUUACACUUGCAGCUCUGUCUUCUCUCUCUGAUUACUGGCGUCGGAGCUGGAAUUCGAGCCUACAGUAAUGGGGGCGCCAAAUGCUGCUGGAGAUUGGUCGUCGGAGAUGGAGGUCGAUGCUUUCAGACGCCUCUUCCCUCUUUGCUACUUUGAGCGGCAUCUCUCCGAAUCUAUACGCCCCGAUGCCAGACCCCUCAAAAGAGCCAGAGAUACAAUUGUGUCCCUCGGGGCUGUUGCAUCCUCUGAUGGGUCUGCGCUGGCAAAGAUCGGUUCCACUACAAUGUUGGCUGCUAUAAAAAUGGAAGUCAUGACUCCUUCUGUUGAUUCGCCUGAUGAAGGCAGUAUAGCGGUUGAGUUUCAUAUGCCCCCUAUAUGCUCUCCAGUUGUGAGGCCAGGUAGGCCUGCUGAAGUAGCACCUGUGAUAUCGAAGCAACUUUUUGACUCUUUAUUAAGCUCUGGGAUGAUUGAUUUAAAGGAGCUAUCCCUGGUCAAAGGAAAAGCAGCUUGGAUGGCUUACCUGGAUAUAUAUUGUCUUGAUGCUGAUGGAGCUCUUUUUGAUGCUGCAUUGCUUUCAGCAGUUGCUGCAUUUUCUCAUUUGCGUAUCCCGGUGGUUUCUUUGAAUGAUGAAGGGAGAGUGGUGGUGGUCUCUAAGGAACUUGAGGGUGAAAAGUUGGUUAAAGAACCUGUCAAUGAAGAGAGGAGAAAACUCUCGUUGAACAGCAUUCCAUUUUCCCUGACAUGCAUUCUUCACAAGAACUACAUCUUGGCGGACCCUACUUUCGAAGAAGAGUCCAUAAUGGAAACGUUCAUAACUGUGGUUUUGAAUUCAUCUGGUCAACUUGUCUCUCUCUAUAAGCCAGGUGGACCGGUUCUUGCACAUACAUCGGCUAUUCAGGAAUGCAUUGCAUUGACAAAGCAUAGAAUGAAGGAACUUCAGGAGAUUAUAGAUGAAGCCAUUUCCAUAAUGGAGGUUGACUAGAAUUUGUAUAUGUGAUUGUGACUUUUUCUGAUCAUUGCUGCCUUUGAUGGCAUUCAAUCAUUUUCUGUUUAUUACUGGGGUUGUUAAUUAAAGAGGGAAGGUCAUGUGAA